GGAGGAGGAGGAGGUGGUGGUGGUGGGGCUGGACUGGAGUUGGACAAAUGAUGAUGUUGAGCAAGGGGGCAGGAGGAGGAGGGUGGGCGCGCUGGGUUCGGAGCUCCCUGGCCCCCCUCCUCGACGCCUCUCGCACCGCCCAGUGGCAGUCCACGUCGGCCAGCGACCACCAGCACCACCACUAUCAGCAUCACCACGAGGUGACCAAGGAGAGGUCCAAGGCGGUCAGCUCCUUCUACAACCAGUCGCUGAUCGACAGUGCGGCUGAGAAGGCCUCAGUCCGUCUCACUCCUACGACAAUGCUGUAUGCAGGAAAAUCCCCAGAUGGAACCCAUUUGCUGAAGAGUGCCCGCUACCUUCUCAAAGAGUUACCCGUCCGUAUCGCCCAUCGGAUAAAGAGCAUCCGGAACCUUCCCUUCAUCUUGGGCUGUAACCCGACCAUUCUGCAGGUGCACGAGUUAUACAUUCGAGCCUUCCAGAAGCUCAGUGAGUUUCCUCCGAUUAAGAACAGCGAGGUGGAGGGGCAGUACUGCCGGUUGCUGCAGCAGCUCCUGGACGACCACAAGGACGUGGUCACCCUCCUGGCUGAGGGCUUCCGAGAGAGCCGCAGGCACGUCAAGGACGAGGCAGUGAUUCGCUUUUUCCUGGACAAGACUUUGACAUCACGGCUGGGUAUGCGAAUGUUGGCGACUCACCACCUCGCGCUGCACGAGGACAGGCCUGACUUCGUUGGAAUCAUCUGUACCCGCCUGUCUCCCAAGAAGAUCAUCGAGAAGUGGGUGGACUUUGCCAGGCGCCUGUGUGAGCACAAGUACGGGAACGCUCCCCGCGUCCGGAUCAGUGGGCAUGUGGCGGCAAGAUUCCCUUACAUUCCAAUGCCCCUCGACUACAUCCUCCCCGAGCUGCUGAAAAACGCAAUGAGGGCCACCAUGGAGAGUCACCUCGACACACCGUACAAUGUGCCGGACAUCGUGGUGACGAUCGCCAAUAACGACAUCGACUUCAUCAUCCGGAUUUCGGACCGGGGCGGAGGGAUUCCACAUAAAUGUUUGGACAAAGUCAUGGAUUACCAUUUCACCACAGCAGAGUCCAGCACUCAGGAGCUGCAGAACAACACCAUCCUGGGGAACAUGGUGGACAUGGUCAACAGUGGGCAGUCCAACCCUAUGCACGGUUUUGGAUUUGGUCUGCCUACCUCACGUGCCUAUGCCGAAUACCUGAGCGGCUCGCUGAUGGUCCAGUCGCUUCAGGGCAUUGGGACUGACGUCUACCUGCGCCUGAGACACAUCGACGGAAAGGAGGAGAGCUUCCGGAUUUGACGGGGUCACCCUGCUCUCUCGAGGUCGCCGAGCGACCAGAGCGUGGCCAGGCGGACGGUGGGGGUGGGGAGGUGCGGUGGUGGUGGUGGUGGUGGUAGGUGCUGUGGGGGGUUUGGGAAAGAGGAGGAGGAGGAGGGGGGGGAGGCGCAGAAACUAUAGCGUGGAAAAUAAAAUGAGCAGGAAGAGGGAGAGAGAGAGAGAGAGUUUACGAUGUGGCCAUAGCCGCUGUGGCCUCGUCACCCGUGGGACUAUUUUCUCCGUUGCGCGAUUUGGCGUUGGUCAGCCUCUUGGCCGUCUUGAAGCUCCCCGCCCCCCCCCCCCCCCCCCUCACCAUUACCACUCCAAUUAACUUGUCCAGGUUACCAGGGACCACACGACACUCCAUGCUUUGUCAACUUAGGAUCCUCCGGAAAUUUCCAGACCACCCCCCCCCCGCCACCUCCCCCGCCUUCAACCCUCGGGUGGUCAACCCGGCGGCCAUUUUGAAAUCCGGGGAUCAUUCCACCCCCCCUCCCCCCCCAUCCCCCACAACCAACACGCUGCUGCCGUUCAGGGACCAUUGCCCUCUCGACGCAUUGUCAUGGCGAAGGGGGGGCAUUUUAGAAGUUUCCGGAUCCUUCCUCUCCGAUGCGAGUUGGAAAUUUAGAACUCACGACACUCCAAUAAAAGUCGGCAGCCGUUUUACGAGGGCUGCCCCCAAGACGUUUGGGCCAAAGUGGAAGGCAUUUUGUUGCGUGGCGACCUCUGAUUUAGGGUCACACCAUUUGGCAUGAAUCAGUCUCUCUCUCUCUCUCUCUCUCUCUCUCUCUCCCUGUCCAGCGUGUCACAACCA